AUGGCACCGCCAUAUGACAGUGACUCGUCCGAUGGCGGCGACGACUACACCGAGACCAAUGUUCUCCUCGGCUAUGCCGCCAACGAGGCCACGAGCGACACCAUCUCCCAUCUUGGAGGCACCCCGAGUUGGAUCGAUGACAAGACUGCCCCUUCAGGUGCCCUGGCCAAGUGUAAAGUCUGCAAUGGUCUCCUCAGUCUUUUGCUUGAGCUCAACGGCGACAUGCCCGAUACCUUCCCUGGCCACGAGCGGCGAUUAUACAUCUGGACGUGCCGGCGCAAGACAUGCAGAAGAAAGGAGGGAAGUGUGAGGGGUAUCCGGGGCGUGCGCAUUGCAAAGGGUGCCAGCAACAAGACACCCGCUGCCAAAAUCGAGAAGAAGGAGGAAAAGCCGGAAGAGAAGCCACAGGCCAGGAUAGGCGAGUCGCUCUUCGGUGUGCAAAAUGGGCCAGGCGCUUCAGCCUCUGCAAACCCUUUCUCCAACCCCUUCUCUUCAAAGCCAGGUGCUGGAGCAGCAAACCCCUUCUCUUCGCAGUCAGGAAGCGCGAACCCCUUUGGCGCCCCGGCGUCGGCACCGGCUGUUCAAGCCAUCGCAUCCGAGAAGAACAAGGAUGAGGCGUCUACUACCCUCCCAGAAACCUUUGCAUCCAAGGCGCGUAUCUCGUCCCCACCUCCUGCUGAACAGCAGCCUCCACGGCCACACGAGCCCUGGCCAGCAGACUCUGCCUUCCCCACACCGUUCCCACACUACCACCUGGAUGCCGAGUACGAGACACUAGACAUCCCAUCAGCGCCAACAAUCCCAGCGAAUGUGCGCAUGGAGGUAGAUGGCGAAAGUAGUGGCAGCACUGGAGGAGGUAAAGAAGAUAAGGAGGUCUUUGAAUCAUCCAUGGAUAGGACAUUCCAGAAGUUCGCAGAUCGCGUAGGCGAGAAUGCAGAGCAGGUCUUACGUUAUGAGUUCAAGGGCAAGCCAUUGCUGUACAGCGAUAGCGACGCUAUUGGAAAAGCUCUGGCAGCUCACUCAGAGAAUGGACCAUCCUCCAAUGCCAAAGUCACCACAACAGGCUCAAAAGGCGGAUCGGGUUUCCCUCGUUGCCAGACGUGCGGUGCAGACAGAGUAUUCGAGGUUCAGCUGACACCACAUGCCAUUACUGAGCUGGAGGCCGAAGAAAUGACCCUCGAUGGUAUGGAAUGGGGCACUAUCAUCAUGGCUGUCUGCAGUAAGGACUGCAAACCCAACGACGUCCCAGAAGGCGAAUUGGGAUAUGUAGAGGAAUGGGUUGGUGUGCAGUGGGAGGAGGUCCCUUCGAAGAAGUAG